AGCAGGUUGGCUCAUUGGCAGCUGGGAUCCAGUUCGUUUCGGACGUGUUUACAUUUCAUACAGCAUGAACUCAUCGUUGAUAUAAAUGUGACGUUAUUGUCGUAUAUGUCUUGCUAUGUACUAUAGAUCUAGGUAACGUUAGCUACCUGGAAUUUGGCUCUGUGGUGACGAGCGAGUUUAAUUCAACGCGAUUCCAUGUUUAUCAAACGUAAUGAACGCUAACUAGCUAUCGUGCUCAACCCAGAUGAUGAGUCCAGUCAAUUAUGAUUUCCAGGACAUCAGGCCAGUCACACUACACCUUCCAGAAGAGACGGUCACCUCCUUGUACUGUGUCACUGCUAAGGGGCUGGAGGCCCAAGUGGCUUCCUUAGUCGAAGCCUUCCUGGUUGAAGUCUACCGCUGCAGAGUGUGCCAGUUCACCAGUGGCCUAAAAGGCAUUAUCCAAACACACGUACUGGAGAGGCACGAUUUAGGAGCCUCCUCCUGCCCUGGUCUUCCCUGUCUUGAGAAGGACAAUGGCCUUGAGGUAGGGGUGGGAGUUGACAGAGAAGAUGAUGAUGAUGAUGAUGAUGAACUGGACCAAAAUGGCUCCCCAGGCUACAACCUGGAGGAUGACCUCCAUUCUGUCUCAAAGGAUGCUGAUGAUGACCAGAUGGAUCAUAUGGGCUUGGAGCGCAUGUCCUUCCUGCUGCCCAUGUACGGCAUGCUGCCCAAUAUCAGUCCCCGGUCAUGUGAUAUGGCCCUGAGUUCCAACUCGGACGGGAGCCUCCACGUUGCACAGACCUGUGAGGUGAGCACUUUGUUUGAUGAGGACGAGAGACAUGGUGAGGAGGACGAAGAGGAGAGCGUGUUCCGAUUGGAUGCUGCCAACUCCGUCAACCUGUCGUGUCCAAUGGGCUCGGUGGUGAAAAACGAGGCCAAGGAUGAUGAAAUGGCCCAGUCAGCUCACCUCAUGACCCUGGGCCUCUGUCGCAUCUCCACAGCCAACAAGGGCCUCUCAGGCCGAGCGGUUACCCAGCUUCCCUCAACUCCCAUCGGGCAAGAGGGUUUGGAGUCAGACACCUCCCUGGAUGACAAGAUGGAUGACAAAAUGCCCCAGUCCCAGGGAAAGCAGUCCCCUCCUCCUCAUGGCUCCAAGCAGCGGAGGUCACUGUUCUGUGUCCUCUGCCGCGCCACCCUGACCUCUAGACACUUGCUUGAGGUCCACCUUAAAUGCCACAACGGGGACAGGGGCUUCAAGUGCCUUCAGUGCGGCUGGACGUCGGCCGGGUGGGGGGAGAUGGAGCGCCACUGGAGGGCCCACGGGAAGAGGAUGCGGCGAGGGAAAAAAGAAAAAGAGAGGGGGAUAAGGCCCCAUGGCUGCCAGGUUUGUCUCCGGAAGUUCCGGAGUGUUAAGUCCCGGGAUGCACAUGAGCGGCGGCACCACAGUCAACGGCGGAGUCCUCAAGAAUGCUUCACGUGCCAGCACUGUGACUACAGUGAUAAGUCGUGGGACAAGCUGCACAAACACAUUCUCUCAGAGCACAAAGCCUUUGGGGACAGACUGACAAACCCGGAUGGACUGAGCACCCAUGUUGUGUGUGCUUUGAGGAAGUUCACCCACGAAAGUAAUUACCCACAAGAUCUGCAAGGAGUGGAGCCAGAAAAGUGGAAUAAGUGGAUGCCGAAGCAGAGGAGAAGAAAGGACGGAGAGGAGGACGGAGAGGAGGACGGAGAGGAGGACGGAGAGGAGGACGGAGAGGAGGGCAGAGGGGAGCGCAGAGAGGAGCAAGGGCAGAAAGCGGAGGAAUCGGUGAGGAAGAAAGGGAGGAAAGAGUUCUGCUGUGCCCUCUGCAACAGGAAGUUCUCCACCAAGUUGACCAUGCGUCGCCACAUGGGCAUCCACCAGGGGGACAAGCCCUUUGAGUGUCCCCAUUGCCACUACAGCACCCGGCUCAAGGCCUCACUGGUACAGCACCUCCGUGUUCAUACAGGUGAGAAGCCCUUCAAAUGCCUUCAGUGUCCCUACGCCUCCAUCGACAGCAGCUCCCUGCGCCGACACUCCCGCACACACACACAGGAGAGGCCCUACUGCUGCCAGUACUGUCCCUACAGCAGCAUCCAGAAAAAGAGCUUAGAUCUCCACGCACGACGCCACCACACAGGCGAGUCUUUCCCCUGCCACCUCUGUCCGUACGCUACACCGGACCGCCAGCUGCUGCUGCGCCAUGUGCGCAAGCACCACUCUUCUGAACCAUCCCAGGUAUUGGGACCAAGGACACCCAAACGUCCCAAAUCCUCUGUCUCUGCAGGAAGGGUCCAGUAAUCCUGACAAAUAACCUCUCUGGGUCAUGUUCAGUAGUCACCAAACGAAAGAAAACUGACUGAUUGAGAGGGACUACCUGGACUUCCUUUUCCAUUGUGUGGCCUAAUGGAACAUGACCCUGGUCUUGAAUGAAAAUGUGUCUUUAAUCAUAUUAAACAAGUACAUUUAUUUUACUA